CUAGUACUGAUUCAUCCGGCAACAGGAUUAACCGUCCAAAUUCUUGCCACGCGGCAUAACGCGCAGGUCACCACUACCAAGCGUCAAACUCUCUCUCUCGGCUACGCCCGACACAACACUAAUGUCCACCAACACUAUAAAUUCUUAGUUUCGUGGAGCUUUUUGUUCUCCAUCGUAAUAUGCUGAGAAGACUGUUCCUUUCUUCCUCCUCGGGACGCCGCUUAAUUUCUCAGCACACCCCAUCUUACAAAUCGGCGACAAAAUUAAAUAACUCGGAGUCUUUUUCAUUUUCUUGGCCAUUGUCGAUCGUUUUCUACCGGCCCAUUAACUUAUCUAGAGUCUUCGCCAUGGCUGAUGAACGCUCCUCCAAAACGGCCUCGUCGGAAGCCCACAAGCACACUAACCGCCUUGCCGCGGAGCAUAGUCCUUACCUUCUUCAACACGCCCAUAAUCCUGUUGAUUGGUAUCCCUGGGGUGAGGAGGCGUUUGCUGAAGCUCGUAAAAGAGAUGUGCCUAUCUUCCUGUCAAUUGGUUACAGCACUUGUCAUUGGUGUCAUGUAAUGGAAGUGGAAUCUUUCGAGGAUGAAGAGGUGGCGAAACUGCUAAAUGAUUGGUUUGUCAGUAUCAAGGUAGAUAGAGAAGAAAGGCCAGACGUAGAUAAGGUAUACAUGACAUAUGUCCAAGCGUUAUAUGGUGGUGGUGGUUGGCCUCUAAGUGUCUUCCUUUCACCUGAUCUAAAGCCCCUGAUGGGAGGGACCUACUUUCCCCCAGAUGAUAAACAUGGCCGGCCUGGCUUUAAAACUGUACUUAGGAAGGUGAAAGAAGCUUGGGACACUAAUAAGGAUGCAUUGGUCCAGAGUGGGGCAUUUGCUAUAGAACAGCUUUCGGAGGCAUUAUCUGCUACUGCGAAAUCAACGAAGAUCCCCGAAGCGCUUCCAGAAAAGGCAGUGCAAAAAUGUGCUGAACAGCUCUCAGACAGUUAUGAUUCGAACUAUGGUGGAUUUGGUUCGGCCCCAAAAUUUCCAAGACCAGUUGAAAUCCAGCUGAUGCUUUAUCAUUCAAAGAAGUUAAAGGAGAAUAGAAUGCCAGGUGAAGCAAAGGAAGACCUAAGUAUGGUGGUGCUGACCUUGCAGUGCAUGGCAAGAGGUGGUAUCCAUGAUCAUGUUGGAGGUGGUUUUCACAGAUACAGCGUGGAUGAAUGCUGGCAUGUACCACAUUUUGAGAAAAUGUUAUACGAUCAGGGGCAGCUUGCUAAUGUUUACCUGGAUGUUUUUUCUAUCACAAAAGACGUGACCUAUUCCAGUGUAUCUCGGGACAUUCUUGAUUAUUUGAGGAGAGAUAUGAUUGGCCCAAAUGGUGAGAUAUUUUCAGCUGAGGAUGCUGAUAGUGCAGAAUUUGAAGGUGCCUCAAGGAAAAAGGAGGGGGCCUUCUACAUUUGGAACAGCCAAGAGGUUGAAGACAUACUUGGAGAGCAUGCUCCUCUCUUUAAAGAGCACUAUUAUGUUAAAUCGUCCGGAAACUGUGAUCUCUCAAGGAUGAGUGAUCCCCACAAUGAGUUCAAGGGUAAGAAUGUGCUUAUAGAGAGAAAUAGUACUUCUGAGAUGGCUUCGAAAUUUGGAAUGUCCAUGGAGGAGUAUCUGAAGAUUUUGGGGAUUUGUCGAAAGAAGCUUUUUGAUGUGAGAUCAAAGCGCCCAAGGCCACAUUUGGAUGAUAAGGUUAUUGUAUCAUGGAAUGGGCUUGCAAUUUCCUCAUUUGCAAGAGCAUCUAAAAUUCUGAAGGGUGAGCCCGAAGGGACAGAUUUCUACUUCCCUGUUGUUGGCACUGAUCCAAAAGAGUACAUGGAGGUUGCAGAAAGGGCAGCAGCAUUCAUAAAGAAACAUCUUUACAAUCAGCAGACACGAAAACUUCAGCACAGCUUUAGGAAUGGCCCUGCUGCAGCACCUGGUUUCUUAGAUGAUUAUGCAUUCCUCAUAUCUGGUCUUCUGGAUCUGUAUGAAUUUGGUGGUUCGAUAUGUUGGCUGGCUUGGGCUAUUGAACUACAGAAUACACAGGAUGAGCUGUUUCUUGACAAAGAAGGUGGAGGAUAUUUCAAUACUCCUGGGGAGGAUCCUUCAGUUCUCCUCCGAGUGAAAGAAGACCACGACGGAGCAGAACCUUCUGGAAACUCUGUUUCAGUGAUUAAUUUAGUGAGGUUGGCUUCCUUGGUUACUUCAGGUUUUGAUCGGUAUAGGCGUAAUGGCGAACGUCUACUGGCUGUGUUUGAGAAGAGGCUGAAAGACACAGUAAUGGCUGUGCCUCUGAUGUGCUGCGCUGCAGAUAUGUUUGCCAUCCCAUCAAGAAAGCAAGUUGUCAUAGUUGGACCGAAGUCUUCUCCAGAAUACGAAGGCAUGUUAGCUGCCGCUCAUGCAUCACACAAUCCUAACAGAACAGUGAUUCACAUAGACCCUACUGAUAUACAAGAAAUGAGAUUCUGGGAGGAAAACAAUGACAAGAUUGCCCUCAUGGCCAAGAACAAUUUCACUUCUGACAAGAUGGUCGCUCUCGUUUGCCAGGAUUUCACAUGCAAUCCUCCAGUAUACGACCCGAGUUCUCUCGAGUUGCUGCUGUCAAAAUGACCAACUAGCUGAAGUAAAUACGCUAAAGAGUAGAAUAAGUUGUGGGUAGAUCUUUGAUAUGACAGCACGCUCCCAAAAUGCAAUAAGUGUAGCUUUGAUGCAACAGUUGUUUUAUAUCUUGUUAAGGCUACUGGGUUAGAAAGUAUGUGGUGAUGUAUAGUUGAGAAGGGAACCAAACUUGUUCAAUUUUGAGCUCUACUUUCAGAGUCUCUUAUACCAAAACACAGGCACAGGCCCAGGCCGAUUUAACGAG